AUGGCUCUUGGCUCAUCUGCCGCACUGAUCAGUUUUGGCACGUCUUCGCCCGCUGUCAUCUCUUCAAUACUUCCCUCUGGCGUCUCGCUGGGCACGUCCUCGCAAAUUCUGACGACCUACUCGGCCAUUGCUUUGAGCAGUCUAACUUUGACUGGCGUCACGGUCCUUGUUCCCCGUUCACCAACAUCGUGCUACUCACUCCCAACAGCUCCGGCUUCCAUGGAUCUAGUCGCCGUGGCGGUCACCCCACAAGACACGGUCGAUCUGUCCAAUCCCAUGUUCCUUUCGUUCGGAGAAAAUGGCACGAAUCCUCAGUACAUUGGGGCCUUCGCCAGCGGAGAGUCGUACACUCUAGACCUGUCACCAGACAAUCCCAUCAGUGGUCAGCUUGGAUUGCAAAUGCCAGGUGACAACGCGCUGGUCUUUGAAGGUUCGGGGAUUUCAUUGUACAAGGGAAACUGCAGCUUACUCUCGGAGGUUCUGAUCGACAACUUCUACAGCCAAGCCGGCGCCAUUGGUGGAGGUGCUGCGAAACGCGCAACAGACAUGAGUGUCGAGUCGAAACAAGACGCCCUCAAUUUUAGCACCUUUACAGUCGAUAUAUCUAUGGACAACUACUUGAACACGCCAGACUUCAGCCCCAGUCUCAUUUUCGGUAAUUCGUUGUGCACAGUGGUGUCCAGUGCCGCGGGAAAGAACACGGACAACAUCACGUGGUCUUGCUUGUAUCCUCCGCCCGAAGGUGGCGCGUCCACUUGCGCAGCCAAACUCAGCACGUGGCUCAGCGACAUCAACUCCCCAUCAACCGCACCUCAGAACACUACUGAAGUCCUGGGAACGCUGAGCCCAUUGCUGGCCUUGGCCGGGGACUCACUCACAGAGCUGUUCCCUGGCGCAGAUCCUGCUCUCGGCCUUGGCUUUGCAUUCAUGAGACAGGUUGAAGACGCACUCAAAGAGUCUGUUGGCGAUGUUGGAGCGGCGGCGUGCGACGUGAUGCACGGUUUCGACUCUGACGAUCUGGUCAUUGAGGACAGUGGUCCAUUAGGAACCAAGACGCUCGGCUCAUUCAUCACCGAGCCGCCGCCUUCCUUGGCCAUCAAUCUUGCCGCAUCUGCAACGGCAUCGAUCGUCGAACUGCCACGUCGCAAGGCAAAUCCGACCGACAAUUUCCUCCUGCAAAUCGCAACAGAUUUCAUGUCCCUUCUUGCGCCAUUCAAUUCAUGGCUUCAUGGUCUGCCAACACUAGGCAUUUUUGGAAUCGAGGAGACAGGCAUGGUGCAUAUUCCAAUGCCAACAACCGAUGACUCUCUCACGACCAUGACUUUAACGACGACUGUGGCGUCCCCACACAGUGUGGCUCAUAACGAAAUGCCCACGGUUACGGUUACGCAUGUCCUCGGUGAAGGAUGGUUUUCCCCAAGCACGUACGUGGUCGGCCCUGGCACAACGACAGGCCUGGAGUUCCCGGCCUUCGCCAUGCAUGGGAUUGCCAGUGACGGCAGUUCCAGUGUUUCUUCUUCCCUGAUCAGGCCAUCAUCAGCGAAUAUUAUUGACAACGUAGCAGCCGAUCUGGCAGCCAUGUAUGGUGACGCAGGCGUACGACCGGAAUGGCAUGCAGAUUGGCCAAGCCAGGUGCUUGCACAGGGCGAAGCCACGACCACCACGGGAGCCGCCAUGGGAUAUGACGGAAGCAUUGUUCUGGUCACGACGACUAUUACAGAGUUCAUGUGGGCCGCCGGCGACUGA